CAUGAAUCUUUAAUCUUUACCAUAAGGAUAAUAAUCAUUAUAGGAUUUCAUCAAUCAAAUUCCCUUUGGCAUCAAAUUAGUGACUAUAAUAACAUUUGUUGUAUAUCUAAUCAACCUUUUGUUUAAUGACUUAUUUACCAAUUGUUUCAUAGAUUAGCCAUUAAAAGUUUUUUAAGGAUAUCAAAUAUGGAGAUUAUUCUUUACUCAAUUUAUAGAAAGUAUAUUUAAAAUUAUAUAUAAUAGACUUAUUUGGAUUAAUAAUAAUGCCUCUCUUUAUUUGUAUGAACCUAUCAGAUCUAGAAAAAACAAUAGGAACAGUAGUAUUUUUACUUGAUUUCUUUUUCAAAAGUUUCUUGAUUUAAGUAAUUUUAUAUUUCUAUAUUUAAAAGGUCAUAUUCUUAAUUUUAUCAUUGAUAAUAUAAAAUAACAACUAUCCUUCAAAAGGUCUAUGGAAUGUGUAUGUUGUUUACAUAAGUUUAUAGUAAAAUUUAUAAUUAAUUUAGGUGUUUUGCAAAUCCUGAAUAAUUAAGAAGUCUUUUCUUCUUUCCUUGUGUACUACCUUCAAAAUAUAUUCCAUAUGGUCUUGUAAUGAUUGGAUUUAUGAUGAGUCAAAGUUUCGACCCUAUUGCAGCACUAAUUCUUGCUUAUGUUGAAUCCUAUUACUUUAACUUUAUGAUUUUCAGACCUAGUCAAGUAAAUUAUAAAUUAUCAAACCUAUAAUAGCAUUUUAUUCAAAGAUUAGAGAAUAGUUUUUUAUUUAAAAAAGCAUCGUCCAGAUAAGAUUUCUUUGUUAUGACAUAAAAUUUAUAAGGUAAUCCUUCCACAUAACAAUAAUAAUUGCCUGUAAGAUAGGUUGAAGAAUAUUAAGGAAAAGGAAUAUAAAUUGGAGGUAGUACUAAUUUUGAUAAUAUUGUAAUUGAUAAUAAGUAAGAGAUUUAUGAAUAUCAAUUUAGUGAUUAAUUUUAAUAAGAUGAUUCGAAAUGAA